AUGGCUGGAGUGCAGUGUACAGGGUCAGAGUCCACACUGAAGGACUGUACAUCAGAUGACGGGGCAAUUCCACGCUGUCGUCAUGCUGAUGAUGCUGGAGUCAUCUGUUCAGGAUACACAGACUUCAGACUAGUCAACGGCUCUGACUCCUGCUCUGGUCGAGUGGAGCUGCAGUACCUCAGUGAUUGGGGAACAGUUUGUGGUGCAUCGUGGGAUAUGAGAGCCUUCAAUGUCCUCUGUCAACAGCUGAAUUGUGGGAGUGCUGUGGCCGUAGUGGGGGUGAACUGGUUUGGGGAGGGCAGUGACCCAAGGUUGAGCCUGUCUUCUUCAUGCUCUAAUUCAGGUCACAGGUCCGUCAGACUGGUGGGUUCUGGGAGUGAGUGUGCAGGGCGUCUGGAGGUUUUCCACAAAGGCUCAUGGGGAACAGUGUGUGAUGACUCCUGGGAUAUGAAGGACACCCAGGUUGUGUGCAGACAGCUCCAGUGUGGAGAGGCCCUCAGUGGACCGGUUCCAGCCUGGUUUGGUCCUGGAACUGGACCCAUUUGGCUGGAUAAGGUGGAUUGCCUGGGGAACGAGACGUCCCUGUGGAGCUGUCCAUCAGAGGGAUGGGGCCGACAUGACUGUGGACACAAGGAGGACGUGGGAGUGCUGUGUUCAGAGUUUAAAGAGAUCAGACUGACUGAAGGCUGCUCUGGGAACCUGGAGGUUUUUUACAAUGGAACCUGGGGUAAUGUCUGCAUGGACCAGAUGGACUCAGACACAGUGUCUUUAAUCUGCCAAGAGCUGAACUGUGGAAAGAGUGGCAGUGUGGACUCAAGCACACCAAGACUGGCUUCAGCUCCAAACUGGCUUGACCGUGUACAAUGCCGCAAACACGACAUCAGUCUAUGGAACUGUCCAUCCUCACCCUGGGGUCAGAAUGAAUGCACUGGUGUUGAAGUGGCAAAAAUCACCUGUUCAGCCCUGUCUAAGAGGAAACACAUGCCCGAUGCCGUCUAUGAGGAGAUUGACCACAGACUGCUCACUGAGAGUCGUGCUCUCUCAGAUGGACAGAACUCUGGCUAUGAGGAUGUGGGAGAAGAGGAGCUCCUCUCAGAGUCUUUGAAGGAGAAAAUCGAGUAUUACGAUGAUGCGAAAACUACCAGUGACCUGACAGAGGAGAUGCUGACACUGGACUCUCCAGAGAGCUACGAUGAUGUCACUUCAGGACUGAACCCAGACAAGGAAAAUGUGACAGAGGCUCCACCAGAGGGCUGUGAUGAUGUCAUCACUGAAGGGAAGAAGUUUGGAAGUGUGACAGAGCUGGCUGGAACUGAGAUCUCAUUGGAGCUCUAUGAUGAUGUCAUCACAUCAGUGCAAGAUCCAGGCAGUUUGAUUGCCUACUCUGUGGUAAAUCAACGCCGGUUCUGCAAAUGGAUCCAGUCCCUCAACCAAUCCGUCAUGUUAAGGGGUAAUGAUCUUCAGCAGGGAUGGGUGAUCUAUAAAUGCAGUCUGGACUACAUCUCCAAUGAGGAGAGGACCUGGUCUGGGAGCAGACAGUACUGCAGAGACAGAGGAGCAGACCUGGUGAUCGUAGACAGCAAAGAGGAACAGGUUCUGGGACAGAGGGCAGCCUGA